GAUAAAAAAAAUGUCCGUUAGCGAAUGUUAGCCGUGCAGGAGGAGGUUUGAACCGACGUGAGCCGGAGACAGAGGGAAAAGCUACAUGAAGUGUCUUGUUUUUCUAAGCAGGAGGGGCGUCUUAAACUGUGCUCCGACAAGUCCAAGCAUGUGUGCCAUUGUUUAGGUUGACGUCCAGCAAAGGGGAUAACGUUAAACCCGCCUGCCCCAUCGUGAAGUGACUGUUUGGGAAACGAGAUGCCAGGAGAUUAGCGGGACGCUCGUCUCUGUCUUCAUGGUAACGCGGCGGACGCCCAGCCUCGCUGUUGUGGUGUUGCGCUGCCUGUGAAGAGAAAGGGGGGCGGAACCGGAGAGGAACGACGUUUCUCCGGUUUCUUUCUCUCCCAGUUAAAGGCAGAAUCAGUCGAAGAUGCCAUUUCACGACGGAGCCUACUACCCCUUCACCAGUGACACCCAGGGGACCCACUCAUCAGCAGGGAUCCCGUCCCUCCUGAAUUCCCCCCUCAGCCAGCACUCUGUGAACGGCCACUGUGUGCCUGCGCCAGCCAUGACUCCAUCUAGCGGCGCCUCCACCGUCCUUCCUUUCAAGUUCCGCCCGCGCAGGGAGAGCGUGGACUGGCGGCGCAUCAACGCCGUGGACAUAGACCUGGUGGUGAGCCAGCUGGAUGUGGACGCCCUUCAGGAGCACAUCAGCACGGUGACCUUCUGCAGCUUGGACGGGGAGCGUUGCCAGCGGUGCCAGAACCCCGUGGACCCGGCUCUGGUCAAGCUCCUGCAGCUGGCCCAGCUCACCGUGGAGUGGCUCCUCCACUGCCAGGAGUUCCUCACACUCAACCUGCGAGCGGCGGAGGAGAGGCUAGCGGCCGCCAGCAGGGAGCGCGAGCAGCUGCUGGCCCAGCAGAAGAAGCAGGAGGAGAAGGUGCAGACGUUAACCGCCGAGCUCAAGCAGAGGAAGAAGGUUAUUCGCACCCAGCAGACCCUGCUCACGCCACGAAUCAUCAGCAGCCAUAAGUGCCCACAGUGUGAUAAAUCCUUCCUCAAUUCCUCCUUUCUCCAGAAUCACCUGCAGCGCCGCCACCCUGACGAGUAUGAGAUCCAAUUGCGGUCAGACAAUGAGAAGAGAUCUCAGAUUGAAAGCCUCAAAUUGGAGAUCAGCAGUCUGAAGGAGCAGAUUGUUCAGCAGCAGCACGCCUUGCAAGUCAAAACAGCUCAGGAAAAAGAGCAGCAGUCCAUGCACAAAGACUUGCUGAGAGAAUUGGACCGUUUUAAGGCUGAGGAGAUGGCCCGCAUGGACAGAAAAAUAGAAGACAGCAGGGAUGGCAUUCGCAGGGAGAUGGAAUUUCUUUACACCCGAAAUAUCCAGGCUCUUAAUGAAGCAAAUCAGAAUCAGACAGCCAAACAUGAAAAAUCAGCGAGCCCUGUUCAGUCGCAGCCAGAGAGAGAUCUGGACAACUACAGAGAGAUGCAGAUACAAGCCAUCCAAAAGCUGGAGCACCAACUGAAGAAACAGGAUAAAAAGUGGGAAUCCAGGCUACAGGAUAUAAAGGCUCAACACGAGUUGGAAAAGAAUCAGUUGCUGAACGAGCUGAGCAGGAUGCAGUCGUCUGUGUCCGAGCACCAGGAGCACAGCCACAGGUUGCAGCAGGACAUGGGGAGGAGGCUGCAGGAGAAGGAGCAAACCAUCAAGGCUCAGCGGGAGCAGAUAAGGAAUAUUUCCUCACAUCCACCCACCAAAGUAGUGGAAGUACCAGUCAUUGUCAGCGCACCAGCUCCAGAGCCUAAACCAAAGAGAGUUGCACUUGACUCAAGCAGCGGCUCCGAGAGGAAGCCAGUUGAGAAGAAGCCUGAGCCUGUACCAGAGAAGAAACAGAGGGCGACCAUCAGUGCUCUGAAGAGAAACACCAGCAUCAAGAAAGAUAUGCGGCUAGAGCUCGAACAGGCUGUUGUUAAGAAGCUGGAGAACCUGGGAAUCAAGCAUGAUCAGAGUGGUCUCAAGAACAAAGAGUACAGUUCCAUCCUGGCCAAGGUGCAUUCAAAGCGGGAGAGCGCUGCAAAGGGGAUGCCUGAAUACUGGCACCAUCGGGAGGAGAUUGCCAGCAAUGUGGAGCAGAAGCUGGGGGGUCAGAGGAGAGGCAGCGACCCUGCUCCUGAGUCACAGGCCAGAUCCAAACAAUCGGUUCAAGUGCUGCAGAUCCGGCCUCGAUCCAGUAGCCUACCCUCCAGAGCGACCCAGGUGAUGUCUGGACCUGCAGUCAAACAGCCAAAGACCCCCCAGCCGGCGCCGAGGACCAAGACCGCCGCCCAACCCAAGACAUCAACACCCAACACCAAGACCGCUCUGAGGACCUUCACACCAAAGACCCCUCCUUUCAGUUCAGAUGAGGAUUCUGAAGAAGAGGAGAGCGAUAUCGAGGAAGAAAAGCCCCAGAAACACCAGAGGGGCAAAUCGCCACAGACCAGACUACACCAGGCUACCCCGGUCCAAAUCAGAGCAAGCAAAGCCAGUCCAGUCCAGGCCAGGCAGGCUCCAGCCAUGCACUCAUUCUCCUACAACCCCCAGCAGGGCCGGGGGUCAGCGGGCAUUGUGACCAAGACAGCACUUACAAAGAUGGAGAGCGAUGAGGAGGAGGAGGACGAUGAUGAGUGGUCAGAGGUCAGCGAGCUGCAGGAGAUUGACCCGAGACAACUCCAGAGUCACAAAGACCAGAACGGCAACGUGGAUAAGAGAAACUUUGGUAAAGAGAACAAAAUCAAUGACCUGGCCAGAAAAAUGGAGAAGCAGUUUGCAGAGAGAGCGGUGAAGAAACCAGCAGGGGGCAUCAGUAUAUUACCAGAGAGGAAGGACGAGGUUGAGGAACUCACGUACACAGAUCUGGAGGAGAGCAGUGACUGGAUGGUCUCCUCUUUAGAGGAAAGACAGGAAAUUUCUAAACCAGCUCAGGGCUCUGCACCAACGAGGAAGAGCCUGGACUCACCCAGCACCAGCGUCUGGGGAACCUCCACAGGAAAGGGUCCCAAAUCAGCAGGUCUGACUGAAGCUGGAACAGGAAGCACCCUGAAGAGCAGCCUGUGCUCCCUCAGUGACAUCAGUGACUCCGAGGACAUUAGCAAUAAACACAAUAGGCACUACAGCUGAUCAGGUGAUGUAGCUCUAUGCCAAGCACACGAAGACCUCAGUCAACUCUUCUGACAUCUGCAGUCUAAAUAGCCACAUUUUGUACUGUUAUUAUAAGGAAGCUAUAAUACAGAGCAAUACUUAGCAAAGCGAGUUGAAAUGGAUUAUUGUAUAGAGAUGAAUGAGAUUACAACUUUGAUUGACUUUUCAUUGUCAGCCUCACCUUAAUGCCUUGUGCCAAUUCUACUUUGCUUGCCUUAGACCCUGUCAGUGUUCAACUUUAUACUGAUUGUUUUUGUAUAUUCAAUGUAAAUAGUCAAUAUAACCCACACUCCAAAUGAGAUACUGUGUGUAGUUUGUGUAAAAUUUUGUACAUCAAAUUUUAUAAUUUUUUCACACGUUAAAUGGAGCAAUGAGAUGUGAUAUUGUAUAGAAAAAUAUUUAUAGAAGAAGCAAUAAAAGAUUUCUUUGUGGAAUACACACUUGAAAAUUGUUACAUGAUGCAUUACAGUAUAGGCACACGUCAUCACGGUGAUUUAUUUGUCCAACUUAGCACAAUAACCAACUGAUUUAUAACAGUUGUGUCACUUUAUCUUCACACUUCCAAGCUUUUGUUUAAGAUGAUUCACAUUUCUAGCCAUGCAGGAGUUCAUACAUUUAUCAAGUCAGCUAAAGAUCUGCUGACCUUAUGUUAACAGUUUAAUUGGUAAAAAAAAACAUGGAUCUGUGUUUUUCAGAAGAAUAAAGGUUUGUUUGAAAGGCUAUAUAAAGUUAAGGAAUAAAUGGCAGCGCAAUUUUUAUUUGAUCGAUUUCACUAUUAGAAAUGACAUGAAACAACCACAGACUCACCGUAUGUGAGCAUAUCAAGUAAAAUCGCUGUACAUACAUAACAAUGCUUAAAUAAAUGGUGCAGGUUUUGUAACGAA